AGGUAUUUUUUACUGUGGUCCCUCUUAUCUCCUCGUUGAGUGAUAUCAUCUACUGACGGUCCUGGGUAGACCUAGUUUCUAGAGUUUUCCCAUUAUUUAGACUCACCGAAGGAUAGGAGAGCUGACAUAUAUCUAAUAGUUCACCGGUAGCAACAAUACAUGUGGACUACAAAUUAGCCUUUGAUCAACUUUGGUUCAAAGGAUGUAUAGGCAAAUUAAAAAGACAAGGAAUUCCGAUUCCAUAUGUUAAUUGGAUACAUGCUUGGUUAAUAAAAAGGCGCGCUGUCAUUGAGAUCGCGGGUGUCAAAUCUAGGUGGUUUGAAAUAAUGAGAGGUGGUCCUCAAGGAUCCAGCUUUACUGCUACUCUAUUCAUCACCUACCACGCAGAUAUGGAAUAUUUCAUCCCAGAAGCAAUGUCCUUUUUGUUUGCCGACGAUUUAGCUGCUGUACUUGCUGGACAAAUUGGAAUUAAAUUUGCGCAACAGUGUAUAGAUCUUGAAAAAAGAUUACAUAUCUUCUUCGAACAAUUAGAAUUUUAUGCAGUAUUAACUGUACAAAAGGCAUGUUUUCAGCACGUGCAAUUAAUUACCCGAACUCAAUGCCUGAUAUCAGAUGUGAGAAAAAUGAGAUUGAAUGGGUCAAAGUAUUCAAAUACCUUGGCUAUUGGUUAA